AUUGUAUACAAACUCAUAAUUAUUUGUAGUAAAUAAAUUUGUAAUAAUAAAUUUGUACAAUAUAAGCAUUAAUAUUAAAGAUUAAUAAAUUCACACUAGGUAGAGUAAAUAAGAUGUGCUUAAUAUAAUGCGACUAAAUUUCUGAAAAUUUGAAAUGAUUUGCGGUAUGCAUUAGAACUUUGGCCUGAAAGAUCUACAUCCAUAAUAAUGAUAAAUGCAUGCAUUUGCUGUAUAUUCAGUUGACUCUUAUGAUCUACAAGGUAUCGAAGUGUAACAAUUUAAUUAGCUAAAAAGUUUUUUAACUCUCAAUUUAAAACCAAAUUAAAAUUCUGUCUGUCUGUUUAAGUUUACCGCUGUCGUUAGAAUUUUGAUACUGUAAUUGUAAUGGUUAAUUAGUGGUAGAAGUAGCAAGUUAACUUUGAAGUUUAUCGCGUUAAUUAACAUAUUUAACAUGGAUGACGGUGCCAAACAAGUGAAAUUAAUUUUCAAACAUCGCGAUUGCGUGACCAUCGACGUGGACUCAACGAUCUGUCGCGACGAGACGAUAGAUGAGUUGGCGAAAUUCUGCGGGAAGGAGGAUGCAAUUAUACCAAUUACGACGUUAGCUAUGGAAGGCCACUUAGACUUUUACACAUCUCUCGUAAAAAGUCUACAAAUUUUAGAUAUUACUUCAGAAAAAUUGAAAGAGUUAGUAUUGAGAGAGAAGAGUAUUCAGUACUCACGAAACGUCAAGAAAUUCAUUAAACUUUUACAGAAUGGGUCCAUAGCUGUCUACUUAAUAAACAGUCGACAACAUCGCCAUCGACUUGAACAUUCCCCUCGAAAACAAGUGAUAAAAAAUCUGAAAUGUCGUUUCAACUACAAAAGUGUAGUCCACAUAGGAAAUGGAAUGAACGAUGCCAAGGUCUGUCCUGUCGCUGAUGCCUUCGUGGGGUAUGGAGGUGUCGUCAUCAGACAGAAAGUUAAAAAGUUGGCAGGCUGGUUCGUCACUGACUUCCAACAACUUAUUGACGAAAUGAUGAAGUAA